AACCGGGGUCAAAUUAAAACCAACAUUGCCGCGCAAGCAGUCGCGCCUCGUUCAACUUGUAAACAGGUGCCCGAAAAAGUCGUAGGGAUUUUAAAGGAAGAAAAAUUAAAAAUCUUAUAAAUGUGUGGCAAUGGAAUUAUUGUUACCGGCUGAGUUAAAUCUUUUUAAAGUUUACGCACUUCAAGAGAGGCACAGGAAAUUUUGAGGAAGUGUUUUAGCGGUUAAUGUUGACAUGUGUUAUGAUGCAAGUGUAAAUGUCACAAGAAAAAUGAUUGUGUGAUUAUAUUAGGAAUAUAACGUUCAUUGGAUCGUAACAGUACCAAUUUGAAAAAUGGAUUCAAACAACGGCACCUCAUCAAAGCGAUCUUCACGUGCUGAUGGGAGGUCCCACAUGACUGCCGAUGAGAUGGAUGAACAGAGGAAGCAGAAUGUGGCCUAUGAAUACUUGUGUCACUUGGAGGAGGCCAAAGUUUGGAUAGAGGCCUGCAUUAAUGAAGAGCUCCCACAAACCACUGAGUUAGAACAAGGGCUGAGAAAUGGGGUUUACUUGGCAAAACUGGGUCAUUUCCUGGCCCCUCAGGUGGUGCCCCUUAAAAAGAUCUAUGAUCGAGAUCAGUCUCGAUAUCAGUCCAGGGGGUUGCAUUUUCGACACACAGACAACAUCAAUCACUGGUUUGUUGCCAUGGAGAAAGUGGGUUUACCACAGAUCUUUUACCCUGAAACAACAGAUGUGUAUGACAGAAAAAAUAUGCCAAGGGUCAUCUACUGUCUUCAUGCACUCAGUCUGUAUUGUUUUAAGCUGGGAAUUGCUCCACAGAUUGAGGACUUGUAUGGCAAAGUCCAAUUUACAGAGGAAGAAAUCAGUGCUAUGAAGCAGGAACUGGAGAAAUAUGGAAUUCAGAUGCCUGCCUUUAGUAAAAUAGGAGGGAUUUUAGCAAACGAGAUGUCAGUUGAUGAUGCAGCUUUGCAUGCAGCCAUUAUUGCUAUAAAUGAAGCAAUAGACAAUGAGGAUUCUGAAGAAACAAUGAAGGCCCUUCGAAAUCCCUCUGCCAUGUUGGUAAAUCUGGCUGAAGACAUUCCUGAAAAUUACCAACUUACUUUGUAUGAGGCCAAAAGGUCAAAAGCUGAAAUUGCCAGAAACAAGAGUAUGGACCCUGAGACAUAUGAACAUGAUGUAUAUGAUGAAUUACUAACUCAGGCGGAAAUACAGGGCAAUAUAAACAAAGUCAAUACUGUUGUGGGGUUGGAGAGACUGACAGAUGCUUUACUGAAAGGAGACCGGAAUCUCAUUCUUCAGAAUCUGAAAGCUCCGAGUCUAGCCAUUAAAGCUGUACAGGAUGAAAACAUAGAUUACUAUGUACAGCGAUUAGAGGAACUAAGGGAUUUUAAAGAGAAUAAUAACAGUGAUGAAGUAGUGUCCUUGGAGAAAGAGGAGAUCCAACAGGCUGUCAACAAAGCCAACUUGGAUGCUGACAAAGAAUACCAAAAAGCCAAGGCAGUAGAGCUGAUUAACGAAGCCAUAGACAGCUGUGACGCAGAGCAGUUACUGAAAGCCCUGCAGAAUCCUGGGGCCCAACUCCCUUCUGUGUUCGAUUACGCCUCUGCUCUUUAUUUUGAAGAGUUCCACAAUAUGCGUGAUGAAAAACAAUCAGAGUUAGAUUACGAUGAGAUCGCCGCAGCUGUUAGAGUGCUCUCAUCAGUGGCUAAGAUAAAUGAAGCCAUUGACAUAGGAAAUGCUGAGGGGACCUAUGAGGCUCUGCGUAAUCCAGAGACCUGUAUAUCUAACCUGGAUGAAACUAAUGCUGAUAGAUACCAAAUCCUACUCCAAGAGAGUAAACGAGCUAAAUCAGACAGUCCCUGUGACCUACUGACCCACUUUGAGAUUUGCUCAUGUAUAGAUCAGGUCAACCAGCAAGUCACUGAGGAACAUCAGCGAAUUGAAGCACUGAGACACAUAAACCAAAUCAUAGAAAAGGGGGAUCCUAAGAUAACGUUAGAGGCAUUGCAGAGCCCUGAGGCCAAACUUCAGGAUGUGAUGGAAGCCCAAGACUACCGUUAUCACGUCCUUCUUGUACGGGAGAAGAAUAAGAAGUCUGAGGAGAGUCAUGAUGAAGAAAUGGAGCUGUGGCUAGAGGAAAUUCAGGCUGCAGUGGACAAUGCCAACAAAGAUGCCCAAUUUGGACUUAAAUUAUCUGAAGGAGUGGAGAAUGUUAAUACAGCAGUAGAUGAACAUGAUGGAGACAAACUCCUAGAGAGCAUGGCUACCUCAGAGCUGGCCAUCCACAGUGUAAUCCCAGACUGCAAGGAAACAUACCUAGAAAAACUUCAGCAAGCUAGGGAGGAGAAAAAAGAGCAUGGAGAGAGUGGGAGUGGCUGGAUGAUGAACAGACUGAAGGAUGGAUCUAAGUUCUACUACAACACACACACAAAGGAGUAUAAAUGGUCACGUCCAGAAAGUGUGGUCAAAGAUCAUGGACUCCUCAAUAAGGAGGAAAUACAGCGAGUCGUUUCUGAUGUGACAGCGGCACAUGACAGAGAACUUUUCCUGCAGUCAAAUGAAAAUCUGGUAGUGAAGAUCCAGUCGACUUACCGUGGUUACCAGGCCAGGAAGGCAUAUAAGGAGAGGCUUGACUUUAUGAAGCGACAGCUACCUCUUAUUCUAAAGAUCCAGUCAAAAUGGAAGAUGGUAUUGCAGAGGAAGAAGUACCAAGAUAGAUUACAGUACAUGAGAGAUAAUGAAGAUGCUGCUAUUAAGCUGCAAGCUCAGUUUAGAGGAUUAAAAGCUAGAAAGGCAUUUCAGACAAGAAAGAAGUUCUUCAACGACCACGUUGCAGCAGUUAUAAAGCUUCAGUCUUACUUCAGAUCCAACAAGGCCAGACAUGAUUACAUCUCACUCAUGAAUGAAGCCAACCCCCCAUUACCUGUUGUUCAGAGAUUUGUACAUCUUUUGGAAUUUGGUGAUAUUGAUUAUGCUGAAGAAAUUGAAUUACACAGAACCCGUCAGAAAGUGGUCGCUGAGAUCAAGUCCACUAAAAAGCUGGAAGAUGAUCUGGACCAGAUGGACAUCAAAAUUGGUCUACUCAUCAAAAACAGAGUCACCUUACAGGAUGUUGUCACCCAUGGCAAGAAGCUCUCUAAACAUCGGGAGGACAGCAUGCAGAUGCCAAAAGGUCUGAAGGGCUUAAGUAAGGCAUGUCAUGACCGACUAGAGGCAUACCAACAUCUGUUUUACCUCCUACAGACUAAUCCAUUGUACCUCGCUAAGCUCAUCUUUGAAAUGCCACAAACUAAGAUGACUAAGUUUAUGGAAGCAGUUAUUUACUCGCUGUUUAAUUACGGAGCCAAUCAGAGAGAGGAGUACCUAUUGCUGAAGCUGUUCCGAAAAGCUCUGGAGGAAGAAAUUGAAUCUAAGGUAGACAAAAUGAGUGAUUUUGUCACUGGAAACCCUUUGGUUGUUAAAAUGAUCGUUGGAUUUAACAGAAAUCAAAGGGGACAGAACUCUCUUAGAGAGAUGUUGAACCCUUUGAUAAAUGAGGUGAUUGAAGAUAAACACAUGAAGAUUAACACCAACCCAGUAGAAGUGUACAAAAGCUGGAUCAACCAGACAGAGACCUCAACAGGCAAAGCCAGUGGUUUGCCUUAUGACGUGACUACAGAACAGGCUCUAAAGCAUGAAGAAGUCAAAGCAUUAUUGUCUGAGUCCAUUACACGUCUGAUCGAGGUCACAGAUAAAUUCCUUACCGCAAUCUCUUCUUCUCUAGAUAAAAUUCCAUAUGGAAUGCGAUACAUGGCAAAAGUGUUAAAGGCAGCUCUGGAGAAGAAGUUCCCUGAGGCAGCAGAAAAAGAUGUACUUAAGAUUGUUGGUAACCUGUUGUAUUAUCGAUACAUCAACUCUGCCAUUGUGGCCCCUGAUGCUUUUGACAUCAUCAAUGUGGAAGCAGAUAAACAACUUUCUAAUGAUCAAAGAAGAAAUCUGGGCUCUGUAGCCAAAAUCCUGCAGUUUGCUGCAUCAAACAAAGGGACAUCAUUUGAACAUUAUUCAGAAUUUGGAGGGGACAGCUCUUACUUGGCCACAAUGAAUGACUAUAUUCGACAAGCUCACGAGAAAUUCAAGAGAUACUGUGUAGAGGCGUGCGAUGUUCCAGAACCGGAGCAUUACUUCAAUGUGGACCAGUAUUCAGACAUAGUUACGAUCGCCAAACCAUCUAUUUACAUCUCUGUACAAGAAAUCAUUGACACACAUCAGCUUCUCCUUCAGCACGAGGACCAGAUUGCCCCUGACUCUCAGGACCCGAUUCAUGAACUUCUGGAGGAUCUCAAAGAAGCCCCGACUGUGGAUGAACUUCUUGGUACGGACCUUCCGGAGGACGAGGACAUGAGGAAGAUGUUACAGACUCAGUUAGGGAAGACUGAGAUCUCUCUGACACUGAGUAACAAGUUUGAGGUUCCAGAGGAUGACCAGGCAGAUGUUAAACAACUCCUUGUCAGGACAAAGAGGCUUGUGGUGGAUGUUGUAGCUUGCCAGACGGGGGACACGCUCGUACAGAUCCUAGACACACCCGCCACUGAGGAACAGGAGGAAAUGCAUCAAGCACUGGUCAAAAAGAGAGAUGAGCGAGAUCAAAAAGCUAAAAUUGACAGUGAGGGUGGACUUAUGAGGCAACAAAGUAUGUCAGGAGACACAAGAAUGCCCCUUGGGAUAAUGAAAACAAAAAUCAAGAAAAACUUACAAAACUUGGAGCUGAAUGAGAUGGUAACGAGGAAGAACGGUUACCAGGAUAUGGUUAAUAUGAUUGCACAGGAUAUUCGAAAUCAAAGACGGUACAGAAACAGUCGUAAACAUGAGUUGAUGAGAGUUCGAGAAACUGUAAAAAGUUUACAGGCAAAGCGAGCCUUUUAUGAAUCCCAGAUUGACUACUAUAAUCGCUAUGUCCAGAAAUGUAUUGAAAAUCUGCAACAAAGGGGAAACAAUAGGAAGUCAAAGGGAUUAUUCAGAAGAGGAGAUGGCGAGAAGAAGGUGCAUUAUGAAUCCCUGAAAUACAGUGCAGCUAGGCUUCAUGAGAAAGGAGUCAUCUUAGAAAUAGGAACACUACCAACUAAUCAAUUCAAGAAUGUUCAGUUUGAGAUCAAAGAAACUGCUGAUCCAGGGGUGUUUGAAGUCCAGGCCAAGUUCAUGGGAAUGGAUGUCAAAAAGAUUGAUCUAGUCUUCCAGGAUUUGUUACAGCUGCAGUAUGAAGGUGUUGCUGUCAUAGAACUAUUUAAUGAUGCCAAGGUUAAUGUUAACCUGCUCAUCUUCCUUCUCAACAAGAAAUUCUAUGGCCAAGGGAAGUAAUUCUACACUGAAAGCUAACAAGGGGAAUUACUCCUGACGCCACAACAAUAGGUGCACGGCAUCAUAUGCUUGCUGACUCUAAGUGCAAUAAAGCGUUCCUUUAUGUUUUUUAUUGACUUUAUUCCUUCACUUUUUUGCUAUAUUUGCCACCACAGAGGAGAGUUAUGUGUUUCUAUACACUGGCUUUUGUCAAACUGUGUGGACAAGAUUUGAAUUGUAAUUAUAAUAUCUCUGUAGCUUUACUUUUUUCAAUGUUAGAACCGACGGUGUUUACAUUUCCUAAGGAUCGUGGUUUAAAUAAUCGCAUGUGCAAGUGCUUUUAUGACAGUGAAGAUCUGAUUUUUUUUUUAAUUUUGCAUUUGUUUAUGAAAAGUUUUUUAGUAUACUAGGUUAUUAUAUUGCCAGAUGAUAAUAACCUUCAAAUGCUUUGCUGUCGAUAAAGUAUGUACAUGUUUAGAAUGAAGGAACUUUUUUUCCAUGAAAAGUUAGAUUAAAUCCACAAAUAGGUCAUUUGCAACAGGUAUAAGUCACAUUUCAAGAUAUUAAAACUAAAGGCUAUAUAACUUUGAGAAUUAGCACUGUUUUAUUUCUUGCUCUUUGAAUUACUUGUAAUACUGGGACCAAAUGUAAAUUAACAUUCCUGUUAUUUGUUACACAAGUAAAAAUUUAUUUUUAUAUUCAAGCCAGAAGUAUGGAAAAUCUGUUCUCAAACAGAGUUUAUUAGCCACCCCUUUGCCAGACAUUUUAUAAAAAAAAGGUUCAAUGAAGUCCUCCCAAAUCGAAAGUUUAACCUUGUAGUUUAUCUGUAUUGCAACAAUCUCUGGUUAGAAAAGAGGAGGAACGUGAAAUAUUAAUAUCUGAUUUUUGUAUGGUGAGAACCUCGUAAGAGCUUGUGAUCAAACCAUUUGUGUACUAUUUAUACAAUAAAAUAUGUUCAAACCACGAUUGUGUAGAAACCAGUUGAUGAAAACUUAAGGUUUCUGUACAUCCAUAAAAGGGGGGCCAAAAUUUAUUACCAAGGUGACUUGAUUAUGACUUGAGGGCCUUAAGCUUAAAAAAGAUGAGAUUUUCUGAGGUUUUAUUCAUCAUUUAUGCCACUAUAUUUUGCUAAAACUUUUUUUUAUUGCUGUAUGCAUUGUUUGUGCAGCAAUUUUACAAAAUCUAGAACUUCAACUCCCCUACUACAUUUAAUGAAUUGAAGUUAUGCAUUUUUACCUGUACUUUAAGUGUUAUCUUUUUACCUGUAUGUUUGAGAUAGUAAUUUAUUGAGAUAUGAUAUUCAGUCUCAUGAUAAGGAUUUUAAAAGUACCACUGACAUACGUCAUAGAUAUAAAAGAUGCAUUUUUGUAAGUCACUGUUAUGAAGUCAUUUGUUUAUUGUCCAUACCAGUUUUCUGAUUACAAAACUUGCUUCUAAGUCAUAUUCUAAAGAAUGUAUUCACUCAUGCAUUUCUAAGAGACUUUGAAUGGUGCUAAAAAAGGGAUGUAUAUCAUUUUAUUCUACAAUAAAUGUUAAGGUAAA